GGCUGUAUACUUAAUUUUGCGAUUGACUGUAUGUACUCCGAAAAAGCGCCAAUGUUAUUAUUUAGCUCGCUUCACUCAACCAAAUCCACUUUCCUGUUUUCCUUUCCUUUCCCUUCAUAUAUACAGAACUUGGUACCCAGUACUCAGAUAAUUUCAGCUAGAAUCAUCACAAGAAGGCACUCACGGCCAAAAGAAACCGAUUCUACAGCCAAUUUUCCAGACAAGGAUAAUAACGACAAGAAAACGAAGAACUAAAUUCCGUUUUUUAUGAAAUAUGUUUCUAUAGUUAUGGACUAAUUAGACUUAAGUCUAUAAUUGAUGUAAUUAUAAUCUAGAUAUCCUCAACUUUUCAAAUGUACUGGUAGGUGAAGGCUCUUCAGCCAAAUUGAAUAAAUAAAGGGAAAAUAAACAAACGAAACAAUGUUUCGUUCGUCAAGUGCAACAGUUGUCAAAAAUGAAAUAAUGAGGGAAGGAUUGGGUUAAAAUUGUAAUCAUGGUGACCAAAGGCACAACUCGCCAGAUGCAACAGUUGUCAUGAAUGCUUCCUUCAAACAAACGACUGGAUUCCAGGUUAACUACAAGGUCAAGGAUGAACCCAGUUUUGACCUAUUUUUUCCCCUAUUUACCUUAGUUACAAUUGCUGUUAAAUCGAUGAAACUUUUCAUACACCGAAUUCAAUCAGUAGGUUCGGUUCGUCUGCGACAUUUUUCAAUAGCAAAACACACUGAAAAAUAGUCUAAACUUGCACCAUGGAGGUUAUGGAAGAAGGAAAUCUCAUGGACAGGAUACCUAUCCUGCUCCAACGAGAUUUGCAAUAUUACGAGGCCAACCAGAAAGUGCUGCAGGAGAAUAUCUGUCCCGGGGUGGUCGGCGGGAAACUGGAUUUCCCGAGGUCCGCUUCUUUCGCGUCGGUGAAAAUAGUAGUUUGGCUGGAGGACGAAUACUUUGCCGCCUACAGGAAGAAUUCGGGAUUGCUGCAUCUGAGCGACGUGUUGCAGGACAACCAAAGCAAGGAAACUGACGAGGCUGCCGGAUGUGGCGGUAUAGUUAAGUCUUCGGAUCCGGAGAAGUUUGUUCUGCUGGUGGUCAAAUCAGUGGACAAUCUGCUUGAGCAUAUUCAUACGCUAUCUCAGGAAGCUCUGGAUCAUGCCGACCUAACUGUGCUGACAGCCACGAUAGGUGCGGCAGCUCUGGUCAAGAACAGUCUGUUCGUGUGGCUCGGAUGCGUCACUAAAACCGUUUGUCCGCCGAAAAGUGAUGAGAAAGGUGGAUCGCUGAAAAUGAGUUACAAACAGUACUCUGAGAUGACGGAAGCUCUGGCGGAACGUUUGCUCGAUCUGCACUGUCGUUUACUGACUCUGUACAUUAUCCAAGACGCGGAUUGUCUGCACUGGGAAAGCCAGCAUCCAUUUUUCGAAUCGGAACGUGGCUCCUAUACUAUUCAAAUGUGGUGGUUGUACAUGCAAGGAACUAAACAAGAUCUAUGGAAUUCUGUUCCUCCAACAAUGGCUCAGCGUGUGUUUGCCGGUAUGUUAAACGAAACUCUCACUGUUCUUACCGUACGUUAUACCCAAACCAUUCCGAGUCGUUCCCGAUCGAUGCUCCUGCUAGUCGAUAUUUCAAAUGUCUUGCUUUGCGUUGGGGAACUCCUUCCCGCCAUUUGUGAGAACGGCGAAUCAUUCGUUGGUCUCAACAUAACGAACCAGAGCAAAAUCAUUCGGGAUAUUCAUUCGAAGUGUCAGGAGCUAUUUUGUUGUUUGCUAUUGCGUGGCGUUCCCCUUGGUGUUCUUUACAAAAUCACUAAGAAAGGUGUCAACUCAAUUGCCAUGUUCAACCAGCGUCAGGGAUUGAUUUCCCCGUGGACUAUAUUCGCUCUCCCUAAGCUUUUUCCUGCAAGCCAAAAUGGCCACUGGGCGACGCGGUGUGCUGAGCUUCCGACAAAUACCGCGAUAUCGCUAGAAUUGAAAGUUCUACUGGCGGCACCCCAGGCGAACUGGUGGUUGCUGCUGAAGGUUUUACUCAUGCGAGAAGCGCAUCUUUCCGCGAUGAUCUUCCAUCAUCUGAUUAAAAAUCUUCCGUCCUGUGAUAACUACAUCCCCAGCUCGAGCCAGCCAUCGAUAAACCGGGAGAGUAUGUCGAAAAAAUGCGAAGGAUUUCUUUGCGGACUGGAGUGCAACGACAUCGUACAGUGGUCACUGGAGCAGAAAGAUCCUAUUGGUCAAACUAACUAUCAGGUCCUGAUGGGCCUCACAUAUAUCGUAAUAAUGGCAGGAAAAACAUCAGACGUAAACAGAACGCUCAUUUCAGCGUUGGAGAAGAGCAAAAUGAACGAUUGGGCCUGCUGUCUCGAUCGUCGCCAGGUUUGGAACCAGAAACGUCCCCCAUGGCUGGAAGCCAUACUCCAUCUGAUCUAUCCAAUCUUGGAUCCAAUUAUCCAUAUGCUAGUGUCGGCGGUACAAACGACAGCCAGUAUUUAUCAAGCCAUGUCUCUGUCACUAUCAUGUUUUUCGGAGACAUGGGAUUGCAUACCGGAUUGUUUGUAUACGAUCGUAACCUGUUUGACCGAGAUUCUGCCAGCUGAAAUUAAGCCUCUAGGGGACUCUGUGCUGGUUCAGCUGCUAUACAUGGCGCUGUAUUCGAAACUGUUGGAGGUUGCCGAAAGUGAAUUUGAAGCUGAGUUGAGAGAACAAAAGGAGUCGAAAGACUCGAACUCCCCUCCGGUACCGCAGACCGAGGGACACGUCUCUACGAUAAAUAUGAAAUCGAAAUCGGCAAUAUGCCAAACUCUCGCCGAAGCGAUAUGUUUCAUCGAUGAAGAUAACAAACAUACCGACCAAAUUAAUUCGUUGAUCAAUCAAGCGAGGGAAAGUCAACGAGCCGCCAACACAUUGGAUAACGAGAUGGAAGAGGCCGUGGGUCUGAGUUUUGCAAGUACAUCGAAGAUAGAUGAGUUGGACGCGUUCAUGCAUAACACACCAAGCGUUAGAUCUGAGGAGGAGUUUGAUGUCGAAAAUGCAGAGUACAUUGCGGAGAUGUUGGUCAGUGAUAUUUUGAUGACUGGUGUUGGGAAACUUAGUAUGAAGAUGAUAUAUCAAUAUAUACGUAAAAAUUUUGAAUGGAUACUGCAGAGAAUGGGAGUUAGCGAUGUUGAAAUCAAUCCUUUGCAGCCAAAUCCUGGUCAAAACAUUAAGGAAAAUCAACAAAAUCUUAUAGAUAUGAUGUUCCACAUCGGGAAUCAGUCCUUCGAUCAAUUGCUAAGUGGACAACUGGACAUCGAUUACAAUAGUUGGUUCCAAACACCGAUGUCGAUGAGCGCUGAGAAGGCUUGGCUUCAAGUGUCUCAAAGAUGGGAAUUUCAGCCAACAGCGAAACUCUCUGUACAUGAAGCGCUAAUGGUUUCCUUCAUAUCAACGCAAUUGAAAUCGUAAUAUAUCAAUUUUUGGAGAAUAUGAACUCGGAUAGGAAUCCUGAGUACACGCAUAUAUGUUGGUAGAAUAUUACUUGAUUUAUGCUUUAUAUUCUCAAUAAAUCUACAAUACUUUAUC